UUCCCGAGAAAAAAGGUAACAGGUUGCAGUUCCAGCAGCAACGUAAUGAACUUGUUUCUACGGUCGUUUGCGAAGGAGUUGCUUUUCCACACACCCUUUGUGUGGACUUUGAUGGAUGUCUGGAAAGAUAUUUAAAGAAUCUCCGGCGACGAGACGAAACAAAGCAUAAGAAGAGAAACAGAGGAGAGACUUUAAAAAAAAAAGUAUGAGCACACGGUCCUGGCAGAAGGACAGAAGGCAACCGACGGACUACAAUGCCCAGGUCCGCGUCAGCAACAAUCUCGGUGACUCUGGGGAAGGGCUGCCCAAGCAGAGGCCCAAACCUCAGAGCACCUCCAAAUAUGGCGUAGCGGUCAGGGUGCAGGGCAUCGCCGGACAGCCGUACGUGGUCCUGAAGGAUGGACAGAGGGGAGACUCGUACGGGGUCCAGCUCAGGACCGACUACUCCUCUGGCUACGGCAGCCUUCCCCGGAGGAAAGAGAAGACAGAGGUUCAAGCAGAGAGGGGCGCUUCUGGGGGAGCGGGAGGCCAGCUGGGACCGCUCCGCCGGGUUCAGUCUCACGGCUCACUGCUAGACACGGAUGGAGGCGGCAGUAGUGAGGAUUUUCAGCUAUCUAGACCCCCUGGGGAUGGGAAGUCUGGUAGUUAUGGGAAUUUGGAUGGAGGGAUUGGAGUGAGGAGAGGCAGAGAGGAGGUGUGGGGUACCAGUGACAGAGGAAGGGUUGCAGAAAGCACUAUGUGGGAUCGUUCUCACCAGACAGGCUCUAACAGGUCAUUGGAAUCGGUUAGGAACAAUGAUUCGUACCCUGACCCUCGCCAGCAGGCAAACGUGCCUCCCCCCUAUCAGAGACAGACUCCUGUCAACAGACCGGUUGCCAGGUAUGACGGUGCAGCACCUGGAAACCAACAUAGAGGACUUGCACCUACUCAACAGCAUACAAGAGCUACGUCUCCUCUCCUCCACCCCAAACCUUACACCUCACCCCCAUCCUCAGCUCACAGCGGCAUGGUACACGGCCAGGCUCCGGGCUCCAGAGUCGCUGGACUCUCAGCCAAUCAAUGGACCUCAGAGGAGCCCCGAGACGUGGAUCGGACCGAGUCGCAGGUGACCCCUGACCUUUUGCUGGACCAGGUUCAGAGUGCUGAGAUAAGUUCUGAGGAGGACCAGGUGAUGAGGACUGUGUACAACAUCCUGAGACAGGGUUCUUCUGAGAGUGAUGAUGUCAUCAGACACAAAGUCAGGAGUAUUUUUCUGAAUUUUCAGAGCAUAAUGCCUAAGGAAAGCCCUCGGGAGGAGUGGAUAAGAGAAAAAAGGGAGUUGGAGACAAAAGUGGCUCAACUGCAGACUGCCCUGCGCGAAGAAAGGAGGGACUCGGCCAGCAAUUCUGACCCCGCUCUGAAAGCCGAGCUCGAGUCGUGUCUGGAUGAAAAUCUGCAGCUCCAGGAGCUUCUGGACCGGAAGAAGAAGGAGCUAAGCGAAACACAAUCAGAGCUGACUCAUCUGCGCAUGGACAGAGAGAAAGCAGAAAGUCGGGUGAGAGAGAUGGAGGACCACCUGGCGGAGCUUCAAGAUGAGCUACGAAGAGAAAACGGCAGCAAGACGGACCUGAUGUCUAGUCAAGCACAGCUGAUGGAGCUCUCCCAGCUGAAGCACAAGCUGGAGGAGACACUCAGACAACGAGAGAGGGAGCUCACCGCUCUGAAAGGCGCUCUGAAGGAAGAGGUGGCAUCACACGACCGAGAGAUCGAGGCGCUGCGAGAGCAGUACAGCGCUGACAUGGAGAAGCUGCGCAGCAGCAUGGAGCAGGUGUCCCAGUCUCACGCAGGGAUCGAGGCCGAGCGGCUGCGCGUGAACUCGUCCGUCCGCACCUUGCAGCAGCAGCUGGAGGACUGCAGAGACGAGAGCAACCACUGGAUGGAGCAGUUUCACUCCACCAGAGACGAGCUUCGAAGCACCAAACAAGAGCUUCUGCAAAUCCGUCUGGAGAAAGAGGAAUCUGAGGAUGAGUUGAAGGAGCUGCAGGAGAGAAUGAGCGCAGUGAAGCAGCAGACAGCAGACUCCAGCCAGUCAGAGGCUCUCAACCAGGAGCUCCAGCGGUGCAGCGCUGAUCUGCACAAGACCAGGUUAGAUCUGGAGAAGCAGAGGACUGAGUACGACAAGAAGGUCCUGGAAACCAUUUCCCUGAAAAAGUCUCACCAGAACCAGGAGGCAGAGCUAAAGUAUGAGAUCGACAGGCUGAAGGACCAGUUACAGAGGGCCAAAGAUGACUGUGUAAAGGCACAAGAGAAAAAUAAACAGCUCCCGAGCCCAGCAACCAUCUCGGAGCUGGAGCAGAAGCUCAGUGAUGCUCAAAGAGAAGCCAGCCAGCUUAAAGCGAAACUCUCUGCAACCGAGGAAGAACUGGAAACUGCUAGAAUGGGUUUGAGUAAAGCUCAGAUGGACUUUAACUCCCUCCAAGACGCUCAGAAGGAUCAGGAGGCGGCUAAGACCCGGCUCAAAGAGAAACUCUCACGAUUAGAGGCUCAGCUUCAGAGCAACGCGACCGAGAGCUCUGAGGCGGAGCUCGCCCUGCACUCCGAGGUCAGGAGCCUCCGAUCCGAGCUGGAUGAGGGGAAGAGAAAAGCUUCCAGACUGAGCCAGGAACACCGUGAACUCGGCCUGCGUCUGGAGGACACGGAGAGGGACAGAGAGAUGCUCAAGCAGACAAUCACCCAGCUGGAGGACAGCAAACGGCAGCAGGAGAAAGCCAUGGAGAAACUCAACAAAGAAUACGAGUCUCUGAAUGUGACCUCAAAAGAAGAGAUCCAGGCUCUGAAGGGUCAGCUGGAGGAGCAGAGAGAGCGAACACGAAAGGAGGUGCACGAGGCACACCGUCAUGGAAACGACACAAAAUCCGAGCUGGAACGAAACCAACAAAGCUUAAGGCGACUGGAGGAAGAAAUGUUGCGACAAAAGAAGGAGCUUCAACUUUCGUGCGAAGAGAGGGACAACCACCAGCUGGACAAGGAGCUCCUCACCAACAGACUGCGCCACCUAGAGGGAGAGGUAGAGGCCAGCAAAAACAGCCUUAAUGAGAAAACGCGCGAGAUUCGCAUCCUGGAGGACAAGCUGAAGCGUGUGGAGUUGGAGCUGGAGGAGGAGAAAAGCUCCGUGGAGAUGCUGACGGACCGAGUGUCCAGGAGCAGAGACCAGAUCGACCAGCUCCGCUCUGAGCUCAUGCAGGAGAGAUCCUCCAAACAGGACCUGGAGCUGGACAAGAACGCCAUGGAGAGACACCUGAAGGAGCUGAGGAACCGCGUGGCUGAGAUGGAGGGUCAGUCGCGCUCGUCAGCGGGAGUUUCCCAGCUGGAGAACAAGAUCCAGGAGCUGGAGGACCGUCUGCGAGCCGAGGAGAGAGAGAAGAACACCAUUUUGUCGUCACAACGUCGACUGGAGAGGAAGCUAAAAGAGCUCAACAUGACGCUGGACGAGGAGAGACAGACGCACACCGAACAGAGAGAUCAGCUCACCCUGAGGGUGAAGGCGCUGAAGCGGCAGGUGGACGAGGGAGAGACGGAGCUGGAGAGGAUCGAGACUCUGAGGAGGAAAGCCCAGAGAGACAUGGAGGAGCAAACGGAACUGAAGGACGCUCUGCAGGCCAGAGUCACCGCUCUGGAAGCAGAGCUCAAGAGGAAAACUCAAGCAUCGAUGAGGCCGGCUUUGGAUUCGUCCGCCCUCAGCUCAGACGACGACGACGACAGCCUGUACGACCCGUCCACCAUCACCUCGUUCCUCACCGAGAGCAACCUCCAGACCAGCUCCUGCUGAGGAUCAACUUCUGGGUUAGAACAGAUCAAGAGGUUCUGCUGAGAACUAUAACUAAAAAGGAGGCUUGUGUAGACUGGGGGAAAAGCUAAAGGGGAACGGUAAACACAGCAGACAAUGAGGGCGAGCGGCAAGGAGCUUAACGACUCAUUGUAGAGCUGAACAUGGGGACUGAUUUUUCCACACCAGCAUGAAUGUAAGGAAACACCACAUCCCCACCAUUUAAAGGAACUUCCCCCUCCUUCUCAUGCACACAAUACAUGACCCAACUCAAGGUACUGCCGAAACAGACUUUACUGCACCUUUUGGAACAAAUUCAGAGUCUGAUCAUUUCAGAACUGCUUCACUUUGAGAAGCUCAGCUCUGUUUUUUUUUUUUUUCUUUCUUUCUUUACUACCACUAAAAAGUUAUUUUCUGUAACAGUUUCCCGUGCAGAUGUCUUCAGAUCAAAUCUGGCUAAAUUAUAUAGACGUAACCACAGCAGCAGUGGAUCAAACAGCCGUAAGCUUUUAGUUUAUAUUUGAAAAAGAGGCAAACCAUCAGACCGUAGAGAUUGUUCGUCAGAAGCUUCACAGCUUUCUGCAGCUGCAGAGAUCAUUAUCCAUGAUGAAGUUAUGAGAUUCCUGUGCUGUGAACACCAAGAAAAACCACAACAGAUUAUUUGAUUAUUUGAACAGAACAAUAUAAUAUAAUAAAGCAGAAAAGGACCAAAUGUGACUUUUUACUGUUGAUUAUUAGUUUAUUAUUUUGAGUUUGGUGGAAAAAACUUGAACAGAAAGUAUGGAAUAAAGGCCCAUUAAAUGAAUAGUUUUUAUGUGUUUUUUGAGUGCAAAAAAUGCUUAGUUUUCCAGACUUUUAUCCUUUUUCUAUUUUCUAACGGUGUAGCCAGUUGAUUUUUCAUUGAUUCAAAUUUGUAUUAUGUCCUCCAUCUUUGAUUUUUCACAUCACAUUUUGGGUUUACAGUUUUGUCUGUGAGUCUCGGUGUUUAAUUUGUUGAUUGAAUGCCUUCAGGAUCCAUAAAAAGCAACUUUUUAGGAUCAGAUUGAGCUGGACUUUUAUUUUUUAGUCUUGGUCUCAAAACAAAGUGAUAAACAAAUAUAUAUAUUUUUUUAACAAGCAGAAUAAAGGGGCCAAAGCUCACUUGCAUCGCGUUUAGAUAAUCUGCAUUUAAUGUAGCUUACUUCACUCCUUUUUUACAAGUGGAUUUAUUGUAGUUAAGAUGCCUAGAAAGGCAGUGAAGUGGGCCUGUAACACACUAUAAAGGCUUUUGUUUCAUUAUUUGUUCUCAAAUGUCCACAAUGUCCUAAAACUCUGGGCCAAAAAACCCCCAGAAAUUUGAGUCUUUUUUUUUUUAUCACUUUUUCUUUUUUUUUUGCUGUUCUGCUCUUUAUAAAGAAAGACUGAUUAUAACACACCUUUAUGAGCCGGCCAGUCAAGUCAGCUGCUUUGCAGAAAUGACACUUGUAAAAGAGUUUUAAAACUGUCUCUAUAACGGCAGUGCCUGUGGACUGUCCCUCAGCUUCCACUUCCCUUUUGACAGCCAAACAAAUGUUCUUUGUAAGUGAAAGAAAGCCGACCUUCCUUCAGCCAGCUGACCAGCUGCACGCAGCAGAGGCUUUACACCACAGGAACGGCACGAUCGGGAAUUGAUGCCGUUUUAAAAUCGUAAUUUUUUUGUAAAACCUGAGUUUGCUGAUCCCUGUAACUACACCUUGCCUUUUUUGUUUUCUCAGCGUUUCUUCACGAGUAGUUAGCUCGGCGUCAUAAACGAGGUGGUACCAGUCAGAGUCCAUCAUCGUUUUACUUUGAAGGGAUUAAUACUGUAAUACUUGUGAUUGUGACGCACUAUUCCACAGCAGAGGAGUUUAUGUACACUUCUUUCCUAUUAACCUAAUCGAAUAUAAUAAAUUUAUAAAAUCACA